UCGAAUGGGAUGCCUGCAGCGACCCCGCUCUUGACCCCGCCGGAGGCGCCUUGUGUGCGUUCUGUGUUUUCUGUAGGCUGACAGAUGAUAAAUCUCUGCCAAUACUCUAGUUUUUGCGUUAACUUUUUGGAAGACGCUUUUUCCUCCUGCAAUUCUGCGCGCCUCAGCAAGUCUCUCCUCUGUCACGGAAACGAUCGAAAUCGAAGCGGAUUAGCCCUUCACCCUCUUACGUCCCCUCCUUGCACUGUUUCAGGUUCCACCUGCUCUCAAGCCUUCGCGAUGGCAGUCGGCGGUCAUAUCGAGUCUGUUAACUGGGCGAACUGUCCAAAAUGUGGAUACAACAAUAUAACUGGCAGGGAAACAUGCGAAGGAACUUUGGCGGAUGGAAGCACCUGUGGUGCUGCACUUCCUAUUGCUCCAGCUUGAUAAGUAGUAUCAACGUGGAGAAACGGUAGCAGCUAUGAUGGCAUGAACUAGUAAAGGGGUUGGAGUUUUUGAAGUUUGCUAGUUCUUCCGGA